AUGGCACAACACUCCCGUGGGCACACAGCUCCGCUAGGUCAGAAUGGCGGCGCUGCCGCCGCGGGAGAGGGUCCUCCGCCAUCGACAUUGGCUGCUCAGCUUGUCGAGAACAUAUCGACCUCUACCAAGUCCUCACGAUCGGAUGAGAGCAAUGAAUUGAAGGAGCUCUUUGCAACGAUUCAGCUGGUCAAGGAUCACCCGGAACUGCUCAAAUCCCAGGCCGACCGAGUUGAACAUAAUCACAUGCUCAUAUACGUGUACUGCCGUGUGGCCUUGGAAGGCAUAAAAUUGGACGAUCCAUUUGUAAACCGAGCACAUGCUCAUGCCGAAGCCCUAAAAGCAAUAAACUUCCUGAGAUUUACAAUCAAGGAAACUCCAUCUGUUCUCGCGCAUACACAUGCCUCAAAAACGCUGUUGUACCGAGGUACUGAGCCACUUUGGGUUUGGCUGCUCCCGCAUCUUUUGCGAUUACUUGGCCACGCUUUGUUCCAGGAAUUGGAGGGCUCCCUAGAGGGCUUCUUGCAGUAUUUACUACUAUUGGUAUCACGAACGAAUGAACUGUGGUCACAUGGUCCGGAAUUGGUUCUCUACUUGCGAGCUUGUGUUUCUAGCACGAUAGAUCAAUUACAAGACCCAUCACUAGACCCUUCGGAACUGAACUCUUUUAUACCCAUACACCUCCCGUCCCAGUUUGCGCUGCGCCAGAUUCUGGGGGAACAAUCCAUGGGCCAUGGACCUACAUAUCAAAUCUCCUCAUCAUCUCAGGCGAUACGACAGAUAACAAGCUUGGCAAAAAUACUUGCGUAUCCCCUCAUACAACCUGACUCAACAUUCUCUUCCUUGGCUUCACUCUCUCAAACUGUCCCUUGGCUCUUGGAUACGUGGCUCGACCUGCGGAAUGCCCAAAAGCGAUGGGAUGUGGCUGGCUCGAGCUCUCCUAUUCCGAUUAUAGAGACGGUGCUGAAUAUGUCUCAUGGACUUGCAUCUGGAAGUGAGAUGACAGCUACAUUCAAGGAUAAGUCACAUGUUCUUUUAGUUCUGUUGUGUAGUGAAAUGGUAUCCUGUCCGGAGGCCCUUUUACAAGAAGACGAAACGGGUGAUACGUCUCGGCAGCUGUAUUGUCAGGCACUCUUAGCCAUAUCUGGUGCUACACUCGAGUCAUAUUCUAUUGGGCGUAUGGCAGCUUCGAAACUAGUCCAAGAAUUGACUUUGGUCUCAUCACAGCAUGCGUUAAUUGGAGAAGGUACAGACAUUUGGCGAUGUACUCGUUUGUUACGUCAAAUCAUAUACGCCGCUCCACAACAUACUUUUGAUGAGGAUACAAGUCCAUCCCAUUUCCGCGACAAAGAUAUCCAGAAGGCCGUUGAGGGUCUCAAUCUGGAGUAUGGGCGUAGUUCUCCGUCAGAAACUGUCGCCAAGAAAAGAAAAGUUGUUGCGGCGAAUUCCAAUCCACUAUUGAGCCUUUUUAGGGCCAUUUACGAUACACUCAAUAUGGCUUGGACAGAAAAUGAGGCGGGAUUCAUGCCUGAAGAACUAUUUCUUGAAAGCUUCACCAAAGUACCCAACAGUAGUCAAUGUCUUGCAUUGGAUCUCCUUUCUAGGGUCUCCUGCGUUUGUGAUGGCUUGGGAGAAGUCACUACUCAUUCUCUAACUGAAAAUCAGUGUCCAGUCUGCGAACUUGGCCAACAGUCAAAGCCCCUGAUAGAUUUACAAGUCUCCAAGACUGCGUCUCGAUUAAUAUUUACAAGGCUUAUUCAGGAACCUUCGUUCUUAGAAUCAAGACAGCCUAGGGUUGCUGCUAUGAUAGCGCUUCGAAGGCUAGUUAUUCAUUGUGAAGACGCGGCUUUCUUGAAUAUUGAAACAUCAGUGCCAGGGCAAUGGUGUUUGCAGUCAUUGAAUAGCUCUGUCAGAGAACUUCGUGUUGCCGCUGGAAGGACUCUAGGGGCAUUCAUGCCAGUAAGACCUGUCAGUAAUGUUGACGAAGACCUGAUUGCGAGGAAUCGUAAAAACACGAUUGCUCUGCUCAAAUCGGCAUCUGAUCAAGACCCGGCGCAUUUAGUCGAAACCCGAAUUCUAGCGUGGGGACAGGUCGGUCGCGUUGUCUCGGAAGAUGAGUUGAAUUUGGUGUUAAUCAAACUCGUCGAUUACCUUGGAAAUAGCAAUAAUAUCGUGUCAGCCUUCACGUUCAAUGAGCUUCUAAAUCUUGCAGAGGCUCGCAACACAACGCCAAGGCGCCUCCUUGAGCCAUUCUGGAAAAGCCUCGCCUAUAUGACGACAAAGGACAUGACUCAACGACCCCAACGAAGUCGAGCUAUUGCGGAACUGCUACAAAUAUCCGUCAAUGAUCUUCUACUAUUAAUACAGACACACGCACUGCCCUGGUUGGUCCUGGAUAAACGUCAAGACGUGAUUCAGAAGAUUGCCGAAGCUCGACAAGAAAAAGAGGUUUGGAGACAGCUAAUGGAUGGAUCGAAUCUUGCGGCAACAUUGGCUCUAUUAUUGGUCCAGGACACUGGUGAUAUUGAAGAGUUUACAAAAUCCCGCUUGAAUGAAAUAUCUCCGCACUUCCACUCACUAUCACUUCUUGUCUUGUUUCAGUCAGAGCCUGUCUUGAUUGCGCUGGAACUUCUCAAGACAGCUGCAACAGCGGAUGAAACUAAACGUUCUCUUGUUCACCAAGCCCUUCAACUAAUGGCAACGACUAUUCUGAGUACGAACAAGGACCCUAAAAGUAAGAAAGGGAAUGUUAUUGGUCGGUUCUUGCAAUCCCAUGUUCUGGGUCUCAUGGCUCGUCUUACCGACGUUAUCAACGAUUCUAUCACGUUGCAGCCUCUGAUUAUGGAACAAAGAAGCGCCAUAGCGACAUUGGAAGAGAUGCUUAAAGUCUGCAAGCAACAUGUGCGGGUUGCCAGGCCACAGAUAUCGGCCUGCCUUCUUGCAGUCAUUUCGCAGGAAUCUUUACGAGAAGCCUGCUUUUCUUGCUGGGCUGCAAUGCUCGCUUAUCUGGACGAAGAAGACGUUGAAGCAUUACUUGAAACUACUUUUUUCAUCAUCCGUCGAUACUGGGGCGUGCUAGACGAUGCGACUGCGACUAUUGGCAAAAAUAUGCUUCUAUCCUUGCUGGAGAAGCACGGUGCCAUGGUCGAGAUGUACAUCAGCAAGCUCCCUUCGCUAUCGUACUGCAAAGGCCUUGAAAGCGUUGAGAAAACUCUGAAGGCAAUGCGCCCAACUCUUGCUAUGGAAGAAGCACUCGGUGUGUUUGCACAGAGAGUCAGUCAUGACAACGCGGGUGUAGUUCAUCAGGCUUUGACUGAACUUGCCCCAUACCUGAGGGAUAACCAGAGUGCUUUGUACACCUCUGCUGUGAGUCAAAGGCCAGACAAUGCAAUUACAACUAUAUUGAGGUCACUUCUCGACUGUGCUUGCAAAUACAGCGGGGCACAAAUGGACAUCGCCCGACUGUGCGUUCAAUGCAUUGGGCUCAUUGGUUGCUUGGAUUCCAAUCAGAUUGAGACUGUUCGAGAGCAGCGAUCUAUUGUUGUAUUGAACAAUUUCGUGGCGCCGGAGGAGAUGACUGACUUUGGGUUGUUCAUGCUCGAGGAGGUUUUAGUGCCCUCAUUUUUAUCUGCGACUGAUACCAAACUCCAAGGGUUCCUUUCCUAUGCAAUGCAGGAGUUGCUCGACAAAUGUGAGAUCAAAGCAGCUUGUGCCAUGAACGAAACAGGCAUGCUUGGUGGCAACGACAUUUACAGGAAGUGGAUCGCCAUUCCAGAUCAUGCUCGAGAGGUCAUGACCCCUUUCUUAUCCUCCAGGUAUAUGGUUGCUCCAAUGCCCCCGGUAACCGUGGAGUACCCAAUCUUCCAUCCAGGCAAACCUUACGGCAAUUGGCUGCGGUCCUUUGUUAUCGACAUGUUGAGAGAGGGACAGCAUCCCCAUGCUGACUUGCUAUUUGAACCUCUUAUGCGCGUGAUCCGUGUGAAGGAUCUGUCGACUGCCGAAUUUCUCCUACCCUACCUAGUGAUACACAUUUUACUUGGUGCACGGAGUAGUGAGAAUGAAAAGAAUCGAAUAGUAAAUGAGCUUCUAGGGGUUUUAAGACACCAGCCUGCUGACGAUGCAUCCUAUGUGGAACGGGAAGAAAUGAAGCGAUACUGUCAUGCCGUAUUUCGUUGCCUAGAUUAUGCCAUGAGAUGGAUCCAAGAAAAACGUGCAGCUGGAAGACUUUCUGCAGAAGGCAAAGAGAGUGUCGCACGAAUACAACGCGUACUUGAUCAAAUUCCGGCAGAACUCAUCUCUCAGCGAGCCACUGAUUGCAACGAGUACUCUCGUGCUCUAUUUCAUCUUGAGCAGCAUGCCCAGAACAUGGAGCAGCAGAAACAGGAUCCAGGAGAUCGAAGCAGAUUGCUAGAAAAACUCCAGAAUAUAUACGCUAAUAUUGACGAGCCGGAUGGUUUAGAAGGUAUUUCCUCACAGCUUCAUGCACUCGACAUAAAUCAACAAAUCCUGAGCCACAAAAAGGCUGGCCGAUGGGCCUCGGCUCAAACGUGGUAUGAGAUGCAGCUUGCUGAGAAUCCUCAAAACACCGAGGUUCAAUUGGAUCUUCUGAAUUGCCUAAAGCAAGCCGGGCAACAUGAUGUGCUCCUGAAUCACAUUGAGGGUAUGCAAGCAGACCCUUCAGCUGAGAACAAAAUCCUGCCAUUUGCUGUGGAAGCUGCCUGGGUUACCGGCCGAUGGGAAAGCCUGGCCAAGUUUACAGGGCGAUUUCAAGAAGAUGUCGCUCAAGAUUUUAACAUGUCUGUCGCCUGUUUGUUUGAUUCCUUAUAUCGCCGCUCGGGUCCGGAUGCAUUUGGCAAGGCUAUUCAGAGCAUGCAGGACAAGAUAGCCUCAUCAAUGACUGCGUCAGCCACAGCUUCUUUGAAUGCCGCACAUGAGAUUUUGUUGAAGUGUCACGUUCUGACAGAUUUGGACGUAAUUACCAAUACCAAAUCUGGCAACGAAGCUGAACGGCGGAGAACUUUGGGGCUAUUGGAUGGUCGACUGGAAAUCAUUGGGGGAAGGUUCAGCGAUAAGCAAUACCUUCUUGGUAUUAGACGCGCUGCUAUGGAGUUGUCAAGACCAACUUUUGCGGAUCUGGACAUCUCCGGUCUCUGGCUAUCCAGUGCUAGGCUGGCACGAAAAACAAACUCUUUACAUCAGUCAUUCAAUGCUGUGCUGCAUGCCUCCCGGCUAGGUGAUGACUCGGCGACGAUCGAGAAUGCGAAGCUAUUAUGGAGGGACAAUCAUCACCGCAAAGCCAUUCAAAUGCUCCAGGGCGCCAUCGAACGCAACAAAUUCAUGACUCAGACUGGCCCAUCAACGAGCGCUGGAACAGCUGGAUCCUCGAAGCUCAACCCUCAACAAAAGUUGCUGACUGCUCGAGCACAGUUACUCCUCGCCAAGUGGCUGGAUGCCGCUGGGCAAUCUCAUGCUGUCGCAUUACGAGAAAAGUACCAACAACCCCCUAAGACAUACUCGACUUGGGAAAAGGGCCAUUACUACCUAGGCCGACACUACAAAAAGAUUCUGGAGGCGGAACAAACUCUCAAAGUCGAAGACCAGAGUGAUAACUAUGUUACUGGGGAAAUUGCAAGGCUUGUCAUUGAAAAUUACGUCCGGUCCCUCAAUUCAGGAACCAAAUAUAUUUACCAAACUCUUCCAAGAAUAUUGACAUUGUGGUUGGAUGUUGGUGCACAGGUCGACAAGGCACCAGAGGGCAAGGUUUCGCUUUCCCGGGAGCUGCAUAAGCGACGAGUCGAGCAGCUUAAUAUGCUGCAUGCCUUUCUCGACAAGUAUAUCUAUCGCUUGCCAGCGUAUAUUUUCUACACGGCUCUGCCACAAAUCGUGGCUCGAAUCGCUCACCCAAACACUGCAGUUUUCGAACGCCUCAGUCACAUCAUAACCAAAGUUGUCGAGGCGCAUCCAAGACAAGCCCUGUGGAGUCUUAUUGGCAUCAUGACUACAAAGCAGGCCUCCGAGAGGAAAGUGCGAGGUGCACAAAUCCUGCAAGCACUGAGAGGAAUUCAAAGAAAGGUGGAUGGCACAUCUCACGAUGUGAAAUACCUCAUCAGGACUGGUGAGAAGCUUGCAGAGCAACUUCUCGUAGCCUGUCAGAACGGUGACUUUAACAGCAACAAAACGGUUAAAGCUAGCCUUUCACGAGACCUUCGCUUCCAGCACAAGUGCACACCCUGUCCUCUGGUGGUCCCUGUAGAAAGCUCACUGACAGCCACACUGCCUGCGGUUUCCGAACACGUAAAGAAACACAAUGCCUUUUCUCGGGAUGUCGUCACGAUCGAUUGCUUCCUGGAUGAUGUCCUCGUUCUGAGCUCCCUUGCAAAACCGAGACGUCUGACUGCCAGGGGGUCCGAUGGCAAGAGCUACAUGUUGUUGAUCAAGCCUAAAGAUGAUCUUCGAACUGACCAGCGUCUUAUGGAGUUUAACGGCAUCAUCAAUCGGUCACUGAAACGAGACGCGGAGUCCAGCAGGCGACAGCUGUAUAUUCGAACGUAUGCCGUUGUUCCGUUAAACGAGGAGUGUGGCAUUAUUGAGUGGGUUCCAGGUAUCAAGACGAUGAGAGAUAUUCUGUUGAACUUGUACGCGUCGCAGAAAAUUCACCCCGACUAUGCGGCAUUGAGACAACUGAUGGAGGAUGCAUCAGCAUCUGAGAGCAAAAUCCGAAUCUUCACUGACGAUGUAUUGGGACGAUUCCCGCCCCUGCUGCCGUUGUGGUUUAUUCAGCAGUUCCCCAAUCCGUCUGCGUGGUUUGCCGCUCGACUCAGAUACACCCGGUCAUGUGCCGUCAUGUCCAUGGUUGGCACAAUUCUAGGUUUGGGUGACCGGCAUGGUGAAAACGUCAACUUGGAGGAAGGUAACGGCGGGAUAUUCCACGUGGACUUUAAUUGUUUGUUCGACAAAGGCUUGACGUUUGCCAAGCCUGAACGGGUCCCGUUUCGCCUUACGCACAAUAUGGUUGCAGCAAUGGGUAUAUACGGAUACGAAGGGCCAUUCAGAAAAUCGUCGGAGCUCACACUGAGCAUUCUGCGGCAACAGGAGGAAACGCUGAUGACAAUUCUGGAGGCGUUCAUAUACGAUCCAACACUAGAUUUACAAAAGGAAAAGAAAUCGUCCAGGAGAGGGGAUGUGAGUGUGAGGCUGCAGCCUCAAAGCGUGGUGGACAGCAUCAAGAGGAAAGUCAGAGGGCUAUUGCCGAAUGAGAACAUUCCGUUGAGCGUAGAAGGUCAAGUGGAAGAACUCAUCAAGCAGGCUGUUGAUCCAAGGAAUCUGACAGCCAUGUAUAUUGGAUGGUGUCCAUUUUUGUAG